ACAAAUAGAUUUAAAUUAUAAUAAAAUUGAAAUUUUUAAUUUUCAGUGCCUCCAAGUAUUGAUUGUGUAAACUCGGAACUUUUUUUUUUUUAUUUUUUGGCAAAGUUAACACAACUUUUACCUAACAUCACGACCGACGACACAAGACAUCCAAGUAAACAACAAAAAAAAUAUUCCAUUCUACGUUCUUACGAAGAAGAUAAAAUUAUUAAUUUUGAAAAGAUAACUAAUUUUAGAAAAUAUAAAAAAUGUCUUAAAAACAGAAAAAACUAUCCAUCCACUAGAAAAUGUCAUUAAGAAAAAAAGAGACUUAAUUUAAUUUUUUAAUAAAAAAAAGAUCUAAGAAAAAUAUAAAAAUAUCGACACAUCUUUUUUGCCGACCGAUUGACACCUACCGAUAAAGAGAUUGCUUCGUAAUAUUGCUUUUCACAAUUUUGAUUACCAAAUCGAAAUCAAAAGUCAAAGAUGUUGCAAAGAAGUCUCGAAGUUAGUCGAAUUCUUCGUAUCCGGUAUCAAGUCCCAAAGAUACUGAACAAAGACAAUAAUCAAAAUGUUUCAAAACAAACCCACAGACUCUACUCAUCAAUCCUUCUCUCAGGUCGUCAUCCACUUAAAAACAACUGCGAUGCUCGAUUGUCGGUGAUACUUAAAUCCUAUCCAAUGGGAAUACAAAAUUCAAAUGUUGAUUUUUACUCAACUUCAAAUGAUCAGGGUUCCAAAUCAAAUCCACCUGUGGUAGCUUCACCUUCUGGUUCAGCUUCAUCUGCAUCCGCACCAGCAACAGCUCCAACAGCUAAAAAUCCACAAACAACUACAACAUUAGAAGUGAAAACAAAAAAGGGUAUUCUCUCAGUGACAACUACAGUGGAAGAUUCCAAGCUGAAUGAAGUUGUUUUUGAGAAGGAAAUCACCAAGCCACCGGUGAAAGCAAUAGAAGCUACUAAAGUUGCAGUUAAAGCAGUUGCUAAUGUUGUAGCAAGUGUUGUUUCUAAAGUUGUUACGGCACCAGUGCCAGUGGAAGAAAAAGUACAAAUACUACAGCCAGCACCACCAAAGCCGGAAAUAAAAAUUAAAAACGGUUCUAAGAAACGGGCAAAAUUCGACAGCAAUCGUUCCUCAUUGGAAAGAAACUUUAUCACACCUGCACGAGCCAUGACGGAUUUCCUGCUAAAACCAAGUGACCUCGAAACUUUGCCAAAAAUCAAACGUCGUUCGCCAUAUGAACAAGAACCACCAAUUACAGUUUAUUGGCGAAAAGAUGUUGAAGCUAAAGCCAUUGAAGUUUGGGGUUCAAAAGAGAAUUUACUACGAGAAUGUCUUAAACGUGAAAUUGAACGAAAGAAAUAUCAGCAAAAUAUUUUUACUGUUAAAAGGCGUUUAAGAGACUAUCGAAGAGAAAUUGGUAGCAGAACAAUGGUAAUGGAAGAUGAGCCAGGUCUAAGAGGUAAAUCUGGACGGGUUGUACUUAUUGCAAUUGGAAUAAACACAACAAAUUUUAUAGUAAAAACAUUUGCUUGGCUAUCAAGUGGGUCACAUAGUAUGUUUGCUGAAGCUAUACAUUCUUUGGCAGAUACAAUUAAUCAGUUGAUUCUAGCCUAUGGCAUUCACAAAUCUACACAGAUGGCUGAUUCCGACCAUCCGUAUGGUUACACCAACAUGAAAUACGUGUCAUCUCUAAUUUCUGGAGUGGGGAUAUUCUGCGUUGGAACAGGUCUUUCAAUUUAUCAUGGUAUUACUGGUCUGUUACAUCCUGAACCUGUUCAGGAUUAUUUUUGGGCAUUUUGUACUCUUGGUGGAUCGAUGCUUUCCGAAGGUGCUACCCUAGUGGUUGCUAUGAAUGAAAUUCGACGUUCAGCUAAAAAUACUGGAAUGAGUUUUAAAGAUUAUGUAUUGCGGGGGAAAGAUCCAUGUGUGAAUGUUGUUUUAACAGAAGAUGCUGCGGCAGUCAGUAGUGUAGUUGUGGCGGCUUCAUGUAUGACAUUAUCAUCAAUGUCUGGAUCUCCUAUCCCAGAUGCUGUUGGAUCACUAUUAGUUGGUGGUAUUUUAGGAGCUGUAGCAUCGUUUAUAAUUUAUACAAAUGUUGCAGCAUUGGUUGGCAAAUCCAUUUCACAGGAGCAUCUCAAUAGAAUUAAUUCCGAACUCGAAACUGAUGUUAUGAUUAGAGCUAUACACGAUGUAAAGGGAAUCGAUAUGGGAAAUUCUCUUGUUAGAUAUAAGGCCGAGAUUGAUUUUGACGGGCGAGAACUGACAAGAUCUUACUUAGAUAAACAGGAACUCAAUGAGCUUUUGAAGGCUGUGAAAUCAUUCCAAACAGUUGAAGAACUAGAACUAUUUCUUUUGACACAUGGUGAAAACAUUGUUGACCUAAUGGGUGGAGAAAUUGACAGAAUAGAAAUGAAGCUAAGGAAAAAGUUCCCCGAACUGCGACAUUGUGAUUUAGAAAUACUUUAAAUUAUAUUCGUUUGUAAAUUUUACUAUAACGUAAUAUUAUAUAUAUUUUGCUCUCAAUAAUGUUGAUAUUGUUACCUGUGUAUAUUCUAUAACAGCAGCGUGUUUGAAAAAAAAAAACAUAAUAUAGAAUAAAAUUUUGUUUAAAAACAAAGUAAAAACAAAAACAAAAAAAUGAACGUGAAAAUCAAAUGAAAUUUCAAUAACUUAUUUAUUUUCUAUAUAUUAAUAAUUAUUAUUCUUGUGGA